UCUCACCACCAAUCCACAUUGACUGAGCGCUCAACGGUGCACCUGCUCCAGUCAGGCCCGACCCACCUCAGCCCACGUAGCGUGUGGAUGUGCUUUUGGGGCAAGAUGCUCUCCAUGUUGGCUCUUCUUCUGUUGGUCCUGCAAGGAAACGUCAGCGGUGCCGCAUUGUUUGAGGCCACUGAGAGGAACUGUUCCCUGUCCCCACCGUUCCUCCCCAGCACAGCUGUGAACAGCAGUCUCCAGUUGCAGGAGUUGCAAGAACGAAUGCUCCUCGCCAGCAUCUCAGCCUACAUUAUCCCAGGCACGGAUGCCCACUUGAGUGAAUACAUCGCACCACGUGAUGCAAGGCUGGCGUUCAUGACGGGCUUUACGGGCUCCACAGGCACAGCCGUGGUCACGCCGGGCAAAGCGGCGCUGUGGACGGACAGCCGCUACUGGGUCCAAGCGGAGAGACAGAUGGACUGCAAUUGGGAGCUGCAAAAAGACGUGUCCAUAAGCAGCAUAGCGGAGUGGCUUAUCUCAGAGGUACCGCAUGGCGGCAACAUCGGCUUUGAUCCAUUCCUCUUCUCUCUCAAAACGCAGGAAGCCUACGGAAUCAGUCUGGAGUCGAGCAAUCGGAGCCUCAAGUCGAUGCCUGGCAACCUGGUGGACCAAGUGUGGAAAGAGAGACCUCCCAUCUCGCCUGAUAGCCUCAUACGCCUGCCAGACAGAGUCAUACAAAGGCCCUGGCAAAUGAAAGUGGAACAAAUCCGAAAUCACAUGAAGGAGAAUCCUUAUGAGCCCACCGCUCUCCUGCUGUCAGCGCUCGAUGAGACAGCAUGGCUGUUCAAUAUGCGUGGCAGUGACAUCCCUUACAACCCUUUUUUCUACUCAUACACACUGCUGACCAUGGAUGAGAUCUGGCUCUUUUUGCACAGAGAAAGGGUGACAGAAGAGCUGAGGACGUACCUGAACGCCUCAUGCAGUGGGCCGUUCUGUGUGCAGCUGAAAAGCUACGACACCAUCUUGGAUCACCUCAAGGAGUACGUGAGCAGCCGGCCGGAGGUCAAAGUGUGGAUCGGCACCGAGUACACCAAUUACGCACUUUAUGAGAUCAUAAAAACAGAGGACAAAGUCAUGAGCACCUCCUAUUCUCCUGUACUGACCACCAAAGCUGUGAAAGAUGACACUGAGCAGCGCAUCUUGAGGGAUGCUCACGUGAGAGAUGCCGUGGCUGUCAUGCAGCUUCUCAUGUGGUUGGAGAAGGUGGUGCCGACGGGAAAGGAGACGGAGCUGAGCGCCUCAGCGUAUGUCAAUCACUGUCGCAGCAAACAGAAGGAUAACAGGGGCCCGAGCUUUGAGACCAUUUCUGCAAGUGGACCUAAUGCGGCACUGGCACAUUACAGCCCAACAGUCGAAAGCAACAGGCACCUGACAGUGGAGGAGAUGUACCUGGUGGACUCUGGUGGUCAAUACCUAGACGGGACCACGGACAUCACUAGGACAGUCCACUGGGGGACCCCCACUGCUAUGCAAAAGGAGGCCUACACCAGAGUGCUCAUUGGAAAUAUUGAAAUAUCUAGAACCAUAUUUCCUUCAGGGACCAGAGGUGUAAACUUGGAGAUGCUGGGCCGCAGAGCACUGUGGGAAGUGGGCCUCAACUAUGGCCACGGCACAGGACACGGAGUCGGCAAUUAUUUCGGUGUUCACGAGUGGCCUGUUGGUUUCCAGAGUAACAACAUUCCCUUUAGAGAAGGCAUGUUCACGUCGAUAGAACCUGGAUAUUACAAAGAUAAUGACUUUGGGAUUCGCAUUGAAGAUGUUGUAGUGGUUGUGCCCAUCCAUACAAAGUAUGGUCAUAACUACUUGACCUUUGACACUGUGUCCUUGGUACCGUAUGACAGGAAGUUGAUUGACAUCUCUCUUCUGAGCCCAGUCCAGCUGCAGUGGUUGAACAAAUAUUACGAGACCAUCCGGAGGCUGAUGGGUCCUGAGCUGGACCGCCAGGGGCUCCAUGAGGAGAAGAGCUGGAUGCUAAGACACACAGAACCCUUUGUGGGGUCAGGAUCUUCUUCAUCUCCCCAAUCCUCUUCGCCCACCCUGGUCACUUUGGUUGUGGCUGUGUUGUAUAACGUUGCACUCUAAACAUUAUGGCCAUUAAUACUUAAGUAUAUUGGGCAAGAGAAACACUGAAUUUGUGCAAACAUAAUUUUGUUCCAAGUUUGAAAAUGAUCUUUUGUAUAAAUUUGAUGCUCUUUAAACUAUUUAUGUAAUCAAACUGCAUAAUUUGUUUGAUUUGUUGCCAUGUUUGAAAUAUACUGUACAUUUGGCAAGCAAACUGGCCCACUUGUGUUAAGUCAUUCAAAUGCAGCAUUUGAGCAAUGAGAUUUUUUUAUACAUCUACAUCAAUAUCCUUACAUAUAUUAUUUGUACCCCACUAUGUUAUGUUAUUUGAAACUGUAGAUCCAUCAAUUAAAUUAGAAUGUGUUUCAGUUGCAA